AUGACGUCACGGAUCAAUAUAAACACACACAACCAGUACAAGAGCCCGGGAGUGGUGCGCGGAAUGCUAUCCGGUGAUGCACUGGUGCAGUUGCGGGAGUGGUUUGACCACGCAGUGCAAAACGGCGUGGAAGAACCCGAGGCGGUGAAUGUGUCUACGGUGGACAAGGCGGGCAUCCCCAACGCCCGCAUCGUGCUAUCCAAGAGCAUUAGCAGGUUAGGCGUGUCCUUCUACACCAACUACCGUUCCGCCAAGGGAAAUGAGCUAGCGAGUGUGCCGUAUUGCGCCAUGACGUACCACUGGCGCUAUCCACACACAGACGCACACACGCACACACAACGCCAGGUCAGACUCAGAGGCAGGGUGGUUCAGGCGCCAGUGCACGAGUCGCACGCCUACUUCAAUGGCAGGAGUGAGGAGUCGCGGCUGGGCGCAUAUGCCAGUAGACAGAGCAGCGUGCUUCCCCCGCUUAACCACGCAGAUGACGGGAAACAAACGCUUUUGCAGCAGUUGAAGGCGGAAAAGGAUAAAUCAUCCCCAAUCAGUCACUCCUCGCCUGAUUUCUGGGGUGGAUAUAUUCUAGUCCCGUUCCACGUCGAAUUUUGGUCUGGCCAGCCGAGCAGACUGCACGACAGAUUCUUGUAUUCGCGUGAUCCGCAAGACGUGGAGAAGGCAUUGCCAGCUGAUGCAGCCACGCCGAUCGAGAGUGUGGACAAGGUCGCAGACGCGGUAGAAAAGGUCCCAUGGACGAUAGACAGGCUUUCUCCGUAG